UGAGUGAGUUGAUUUAAUGCGUCUUCAGUCUAAUCUCACCCGGAAGGCGGAUUAAUGUUUCCAGUCAUUUCCGCUUCAGCGAAUCAACAGGAAAUUUCGUAGAAGUGAUGUCGUGAUGUUGACGCUGUCACCGUUUGUUCUGCAGCAUCUAUUUUGUCUGUCGCAUCGAUAUGGCUGUUUCAACAUGUCAGAAGAUCACCUUCAUCUCUUGCAUCGUCCUCUGUAUGUCUUUAUUCCUACCCAAAUUAUUUUUACCCAGAGUGAAGAAAGAAACCGUGCGGUCGGAGGUUGGGCCAGGGCAUUUUCCUCCCUCACGACACAGACAUUCAUUCUCUGAAGAUCAUGAUCACUGGGACACAGACUCUCAUUACAUCAAGCAUUACAGCCCCGAGGCCAUUGCCAGAGCCAAAGGUGUUGGCAAGCCGAAUCUCCUGGGCCAGGUUAUCCCUGUCUAUGGCUUUGGGAUCUUCCUUUACAUCAUCUACUUGUUCUUUAAACUGACCUCAAAGGACAAACCUCAUCGACCAGGGUGCAGAUUCCCUAUACUGCAGUCAGAAUACACACAUGAAGAGAUGCCUACUUGUCAGCUGGGGCAGAUGCAAGCCAGAAUGAGUGAAAAAGCCAAAGAGAAGAGAAUAUCUAAAGUUGUCCACCCAUCUGCCAGGUCACGCAGGAGCACACGGAGGCGUGAGGAGAAAAAGCUCAAACAGCUGAAGGAAAUCAGCCAAAUGAUGCGGGAGAGACAGUUGCGAGAAGGAGCCUCGCCGGAGGAGGAGGCCGAGGAGGCUCCUUACACUGCAGAUUGGGAAGGCUAUCCAGAGGAGACCUACCCAGAGUAUAAGAUGCCCUCCUGCAGACGCAGAUUUCCUAGUGUCAUACUUGAAGAACCAGACCAAGUCAUACCCACAGCAGAAGAGCUUGCUGAGAGAAUGGAGAAGGAAGAAGAGGAGGAUGAGCCUGAUGAUGCGAGUGCUAAUGAGGAGAUGAAAGUGGAGAACGAUGAAGGAGAAAAAGAAGACGACGACGAAUAUGAAGAGGAAGAAGAUGAGGAUGAGGAAGAGGAAGAUGAGGACGAGAUUGGAGAAGACCAGCCCUGUCUUUCUAAAAGCAUCGAUGAGGAUGAUGAGAAACUCGAAUACCCAGAUGAAAAAGAAGAGGAACAGAAACCAACCAGGAGAAGACGACAAAUCACCUUCAGCGAUCACAGACACGUCUUUCAUUAUCCAAAGGGUGGAGCUGUUGGAUGCAAGUAUGAGGAAGAGGAGGAAGAAGAACAUGAUGGAGAAGAAGAAGAAGAAGAGGAGGAGGAUGAAGGGAAUGAAAAGGAAGAAAAUGGUGACGAUGAAGACUGUGAAGAAGAAGAGGAGGAAGAUCAAGGUAAUGAAGACGUGAAUGGUGAGACGGAGAAGGAGGAGGAGGAUCCACUGAUGGAGGCUGAGAGCCUGGGAUUUAAUGAUGAAGUGGAAUGUGAUCCUGAGGAACAGGAAGUAGACCUCAUUGACUUCCUACAAACAUACCAACCUGAGGUGACUGUCAUCUCCAGCAAGUCGGAGUCUCCCAAAGCUGAAGCCUCUGGGACUCUUCGAAUGCGUCACAAGAAACAAAAGGUGAAGAAGUGACCAGCCUUCAGUUCGAUUACACACUAGAUCAUUCAUACCUUUCUGUGAAUCUUUCUUGGUUUGCUUAAAGGAGAAGUUCACUUCCAAAACAACAUAAACAAUUGGUUAUUUUUUGAAGUCCACUAUAUGGAGAAAAAUCCUGAAAUGUUUGCCUCAAAUCAAUUUCUUUAUGACUGAAGAAAGAAAGACAUGAACAUCUUGGAGGACAAGCAAGUAAAAUUAUCUGUACGUUUUUGUUUUGGAAGUGAACUUCUAUAAGGAAACUGUUUCUUUGUAACCAUUUAGGCUUUUCUGAGAUUUCAUUAAUCUCUUUCCAACAGCUUUAGAGUAUGCUUUGUCAAACAUAGGCACUUUUAAAACUUUUUCCAAGAAAAAUCUUUGCCAAUAAAGCAUUUCUGAACAGAAGUGGCUUUGUA